UCCCAUGGAUCGAAUCCCCGACCUCCUCCAAAACCCUAACCAUCCAGCCAUGGACUCCUCCUCCGACGACGACGACGACGAGUGGGUCCUCCUCCGCGCCGACAAUCCCGCCGACUCCUCCGACGACGACCGCGGCGUCCUCGCCCUCCCCGCCUCCACCUCCCUCCUCUUCCUCCCCUCCUCCUCCGACGACGACGACGAAGACCAUCAGGAGGACGACGAGACCGGCGACGGCGACGGCGACGGCGACGACGACGGCAUGGAUUCGGCGGGCUCGUCGGAGGAGGAGGACCCGUUCGAGGUGGACGAGGAGGAGGAGCAGGCCUUGGCGGGGCGGCUGGCGCGGCCGCUGUCGGGAAUGUUCCACCACACGCCGUCGGACGCGGUGGCCUACGCGGCCUUCGACCCGGUGCGCAGCGCCAAGCAGCUCAUCCCGGACCCAUCCUUCGCGGCCUUCCCGGAGAGGGUGUCGGUGCUCGCCUCGUCGCGCGGCCUCGUCUGCCUCCGCGGCCUCGCCACCGGCUUCUACUACCUCGCCAACCCGCUCACCUUCCGCCGCGUGCGCCUCCCCUACCAGACCCGCGACCACCGCCUCGGCGCCGACCCGGCCGUCGUCAUCGCCUUCGAGGACGACGAGGCCCCCGCCGGGGGGUUCCGCCACUACCACCUCGUCGUCGCCUACCAGGUGCACGACGGGGUGUGGGCGGUCGAGUCCUUCUCCACCCGCACCUGGGACUGGCGCGUGGGGGGCGACGUCUGCGCGCCGGAGACGGUCGUCGCGCGGUCGGCCGUCGCCGCGCGGGGCCGCGCCUUCUGGCGCACCACCAUCGGCCACAUCCUCUGCUACACGCCGGAGACGGGCUGCGUCGACCUCAUCCCGGCGCCGCACGAGGUGGGCGACGGCCGCGACAAGGACUGGGAGAUCGGCGAGAUGGAGGGCAACCUCUGCGUCGCCUGCGUCGACCAGGCCGCCAAGGAGGUGGCCGUGCUCUACAUGGCGCCCGGCCACGCCGCCGCCGACGACCAGGCCAACUGGGCCUGGGCCGGCCAGUUCCACGCCCACGAGAUGUGGUACCACGACCGCAUGACCCUGCUCCGCUCCCAGGGCGCCGCCGAGGUCGUCAUGUGGGACCCGCUCGAGCAGCUCGUCCUCGCCGUCGACUUGGACGGCAGGGUCACCCGCUCCAUCGGCCCCCUCUCCGGCGGGACCUACUACUCGGAUUUCAUCCCCUACGUCAACUCGUACGCAGACAUCUACAGCGAGGAGGAGGUUGGGUCCGUGUUCAAGACCAAUGAUGAAGCCGUGACGUACAAAGUUCCACAAGCAUCUGUCAAAGCAGAAACUGAUUCCAACUGAAUCUGUACCAAGAAAGGAAAGGAUUUGCUGAUGAUGGACAAGGAAUAAUGAAGCUUCCAGAUCUGUGCAGCAUAAGGGAAGAGCUAUAAUAGAUAGAAGCAGCAGCCUCAUUCUUUUGGAUGGCAGUUUUCGCCUGAUUUGCUACAUAAGCAUCCUCAUGCAGUUUCUCUGGUCAUGCCGAAACUACGCUUACGAUCUUGUCUUCUUUUUUCUAAGGGACCAAACUAUGUUCUCUUAUUGCUACUACUAUAUACUAGGGUUUCUUUUGUCUGCCAUGUACAUACUUAGUUGGUUAAUUUCUGAAUUUCUUAAUUUCUGAAUUUCUGAAUUACUUAGUGGAACAAGUUCUUAAUUUCUGAAUUGGAAACUAUCAUCUGGUGUGCUUGCGACACGCCAUUUUAGCA